AUGGCUCGAUUAAGAAGGCAAUCUAAUAGGCUGCAGAAGAGGAAAGUUGUGAAGGCUAUUAGAAUUGUUUUAACCUUGUUGCUUGUUUAUGUAUCUUUGCUUAUUAGGUUUCUUGAGCUAUUAAUGUUGACAAAAUUACAAUCUAAACCACGAAACACUCCCUUAGACAAUAUAUUUGACCGUCAACAUGAUAGAAUGCGCUAUAUGAGACGGGUACUUGAGCUAUCCGAUACUCGUUGCAUUGAUAGUACUAGGAUGGAUAGAAGAAUGUUUAGGAAGUUGUGUCAACUACUUGUCAGUGAGGGAGGGCUGAAACGUUAUGACGAUGUAGCUAUAGAUGAGAUGGUCAUGAUGUUUUUAGUUACAAUCAGACACAACAAGAAGAACAGAACGCUGCAAGUCGACUUUUGUCGCUCAGGCCAAACAAUUUCCAAAGUUAUCCAUAGGGUCCUCCGUGCAAUCCUACGAUUGCAUCCUCUUUUACUACGCCAACCAGAAGCAAUACCAGAAAACUGUAAUGAUGAUAAGUGGAAACACUUCAAGGUUGCUUAG